GGUGCUGCAGCAGCUCAGGGCACAGCAGAGGGAAAGCUGCUUUCCUGUCUGCUAAUCAGGGCUUGCAGACAUGCAAGGAGGAAGGAUGGCUCUGCCCUGGCUCAGGAUGUUUUGGCAGCAAUGCCUAUUUAUAGGAGAGGGCAGGGGCCCCUCGCUGGUGUGGGAAGAGGGUCUGCAGUGGCUCCGGAAGCUCUGAGCACAGGAUGGAAUGCUGAUGAGGGACAGACGGCUGAUGAUGGAGCAAAUAUCCCCAGUUCAGGGCUUACCCAGAUUGUCCAAGUUUAUCCCAUUCACUGCUGAGUGGGAGAGUUACCAGCAGCUGUCUGGGAUAAUGGGCUGAGCAAUUCCAGCCUGCAGGGACCCAGGCUGUGGAGACAGGGAGCUCUUCCCACAGCAGCAGUGCUGCUUUGGCAGAGGGGGAGAGUGCAGCAGAGCCAAGACUUGAUGCCAUGUGUGCCCAAACCAUCCCUGAGCUGCCUGGGAGCCCAGGAUGUCCUUGACCAGUGGGCUUUCUCACCAGUGCUGUCAAAUAGAUCUGCCAAAGCCAGUGCUUUGCUUUUAAUUGCACCGCAGAUGCCUCUGCCAAGCACAUCAGCAGCUCCAGGGAUAGCCCCGAGCCCUGGAAUUUGAGGUGUGGUUCCAGCAGUGAUCAGGCUGUGGGUCUGCUGUGCUGGGGGCUCUCCACACCCAGCCUGGGGAGUGGGACCCCCUUGCCAGGCAGGUUUAGGCUCCUCUGUCUCCCGGCUUGGUUUGUGCCCAUCCCUGGCUCUGCCCACUGCCAGGCAGUGGUGACUCAGUGCUGGCCGGGUGUGGUGGCAGUGACAGUGGAGGACACGUGCCCAGGGUGGCAGUGGGAGCUGCCUGGCUCUGUCAGCUGGAGCCUGAGCACAGGCUUGGUGUGGCUCUGGCUCCUGGUCCCACCUGGAGCAGGUCUGGCUGCUUUCUGCAGGGAUCCUCUGCUCUUCUGCACGUGUGGAAUUCUGCUGUUUCCCUGCCUUUUGCAGGGAGACUUCUUGGUACCAGGGGAAUGUUAGCAGAGCCAGUGUGGCCCCUGGCCUGAGCUGAGCAUUUGUCUCCUGCUGCAAAUGGGUGGUUGUUAAAUACAGCUGGAGGGUUGGGAUUUCUGAAAUGGGAUAAUUGCCCAAAGAAAGGGAAGAACACGGCUUGUUAGAGCCUAUGGGCUUCUGUCUUCUGUCCAAGAUGAGUUUUCACCUGUGCUGGCAUAUCUGGGGAUGACUUGUGAGCUACAGGUAGAGCCAAAGGGCUCCAGGGCUGAGGGGAUUCCAUACAUGAAAUGUCUGUACCGAGGCCAUGCUGGACCUGCAGGUGCUGGGUCUGUACAGACACCCCAGUUCUCCCUGCUGGUUUCACCUGCAUUCCUUGCUGGAUUAUCUGGAGGAUGUGUGCUGUAUCCCCUGGAUUAGAUGUGUGGGAAGUCUCAAAGAGCACAGCUCCUGCUUGGGUAGGAGAAGCCAGAGUGUUUCUUUGGCAUUCCUUCUCUGCUGAUCUAAACGUGGGGUGAUUUUUCACUUCAAGAUGAGGACUCACUGUUUCUUCUGCCUUUUGAAACUCCCCUGGCUGCAAGCCACAGGCUGGGCACUACUGCUCUCCAGUCUCUUGGAUGGCAAAUUUAGGUCAGGUAUUGACAAACAGAACACCAGGCAGGUUUUCACUUGUGCUGUGGAGCAAGAGAGCACUUCUGGGAGGAGGAUGCACUGCCAGAGCCGGGCUCUUCCCCAGCCACCACAGCUCUUCUCAUCCUGUGUGAAGCAGCAGCUCCUCUCUGGAGGAGCAGAUGUGGUUCCUUUUUGCUGCCCUGGUGCCUCGUGUCCUGCUGUUCUCUGCUGGGUGGGGAGCUCAGGUGCACAGGGAUUUGUCUCUACUGCCUGAGCAUCAGGAGGAGCUGCACUCCUGCAGAAGGGCUGGCUGAGUUCCUGUGUCAUUAAAUAAUUUCCUUGAGUUUGGAUGCUUGGGAUCCCUCAGGGUGUUCUGUGCCUUCUGUGUUUGUUUUUUAAGCUGGUGAAGCCUCGGCUCCCUUUCGCUCGCCCUCCCAGAUGUGUGCACAAACAGCCCCGGUGGGGAGCGAGCUCUGGAAGCCUGUCCUGAGCACGUGGUCGGAGCAGCCAGCCCGGACUCCACUCUGUGACACUUUGGAGUGUGGUGUCAGCUUGGAUGUGUGCAGGACAAGGGAGGACGUGUCCAGGGCUGGCCAUGGGCUGUGUGUGAGCACUCUGGCCCCUGCCAUGCACCCCACGGGGGCUGGGGACAGCAGCUUCUCCCGCGCCACCGGGCUGACCCUGUCCCGCAGCCACUGCCGCAACAUCAGGCAGAAAAUCUCCCAGUGGGAGGGCAGGACACGGGGCUGCAGCAAGGACAGGCAGCAGCCCAGGGACUUCGGAGUAAAGUACGAUCCCAGCUGCAAUGCACUACCCAGAGUGAAGGCAGAAUGCACAGAGAAUGGCAGAAAGGCUGGGCCCAAGGAUCCAAAGAGCCUGGGGUUGGAUUUCAGGGAAGAUGCACGGAGCUGCUGGCAGAGUGGGGACUGUGGUGGCCCAGCUUCCCGAGCCAAGCAGAAAGGAGAGGGGCAAACCCUGGCCCCGGGGGUGGCACUGCCCCCAGGGAACUUCUAUACCUCACAAGCUCUGUGGAGCAGAGCAGAUCCCCUCCUGCCUGGCAGAACCUGUCCUGCUCCCUUGGACCCGCAGAGGAAACGAGGCAGAUCUGGCUCCACGGAAAGAGAACUGCAAGUCAAAGGAGUGAACACUCUCUGCAGGGCAGAGAGGAGCUUGAGAAACAUUUACUCUGAGGUUGAGGGGCAAGAGGAGGAGCCAGCUCCUGAUCCACCACCCAAACCUCGCAGGACUUUCCGCUACCUGGCAGAGAAGGGUGCUGGUGGUCGCAGAGAUGCCAGUGCCACCAGGGAAGCUCCCCUGCAAAAGCAGUGUGGAAAGGACUUGGUGUCAUCUUCCAACAGCCCUGAGAAGAAAAUAGUCAGCAGGAGGAUCAGAGGGAGAGCCCAGAGGAAAUCUUUUGAGUUUGAGGACAUCCAGGGCUUCCGCAAGCGGCCGGCGGCCAGCAGCUCCCACAGACCUCGGGAGGAGACAAAUGGCACUGCAGGAUCCAGGCUGGCCCACACUCAGUCUGAAGACAACAUCUACGAGGACAUUAUCUGUCCUACAAAAGAAAAUCCAUAUGAAGAUAUCAGGCCCUUGCCCCUGUGGAAGGUCCCAUCUGUCUGGAAGCUGCCCCCUCCCCGGAGCAUCAGCAGGGCUCCCAAGCCUCCCCCAAAACCUCUCUUCCUCAGCCGCAAGAGCCUGGAGCUGAAGCCCUCCCAGACAAGUUUCCAAGGGAAGAUGGGCAAGGAGACCUCCCUGCCUGUCACUCUGUCUGAGUGGAAGCUCUUCCGAGCAGUGGAGGCUGCCAGCAGGAGGAAGAACCUGCCCUGGCUGGUACUAAAAAUACAGGAGAUCUUUGAUUCCAAGCGUGGAAAGAAGAAGGUGAAGCUGCUCAGUCCUGCUGCGAGAGAAGCAGCUCCAGUGAAAGGUGAAACCAGCGGGAAUGAAAGCGAUACGGAAAAUCAGCCCAAAAGUCACCACAGGUGCCCGAGGCACUCGGCCUCCAAGAGGAACCCACACUACCAGACCUUGGAGAGGGAUCUCAUCGAGCUCCAGGAGCAGCGGCUGUUCGAGCUCUUCGUGGUGGUGUCCCUGCACAAGAAGGCAUCUGAGGUCACCUACACACCCCACAUCAUCCAGCAGUUCCCCAGCAAGCCUGAACAUCCCUUCAGACCAUCAAAGGAUACUGAAGAGAGGCUAAAGGUGAUUCCCAAAUUCUGCUUUCCAGAUCCCAAAGACUGGUUCCCUUCAUCAGACCUUAAAAGUGAAACCUUUUCCUUUGUGCUGACGGGGGAGGACGGCAGCCGCUGGUUCGGGUACUGCAGGAAGCUCCUGCCAGAAGGGAAAGGGAAGCGCCUGCCCGAGGUUUACUGCAUCGUGAGCCGCCUGGGCUGCUUCAACCUCUUCUCCAAGAUCCUGGAUGAGGUGGAGAAGAGGAGGGAGAUGUCCCCAGCCCUGGUGCACCCGUUCAUGCGCAGCGUGAUGGAGGCUCCGUUCCCUGCCCCAGGACGCACCAUCACCGUCAGGAGCUUCCUGCCAGGAGCAGGAGAUGAGGUGAUGGAGCUGUGCCGCCCCUUGGACUCCAGGCUGGAGCACGUUGACUUUGAGUGCCUCUUGCAGUGCCUGAGUGUCUCCCACACCAUCCGGGUCUUUGCCUCUCUCCUGCUGGAAAGGAGAGUCAUCUUCGUGGCUGACAACUUGAGCACUCUGUCUAAAUGUGGGCACGCUGCAGUGGCAACACUUUACCCCUUCACCUGGCAGCACACCUACAUCCCUGUCCUGCCAGCUUCCAUGAUCGACAUCGUGUGCUCUCCCACCCCAUUCCUCAUUGGCAUCCUCUCCUGCUCCCUGCCACAGCUCCAGGACCUGCCCAUAGAAGAGGUUCUGAUUGUUGAUCUUUGUGCUGACAAGUUCUUGCAAGAGGUAUCAGAUGAGGACGAGAUCCUGCCCCAUAAACUCCAGGCUGCACUUGAACAAAUCCUGGAAGAACGGAGUGAAAUCCUGUCACACGGGCAGAGUGACACACAAGGUGACACGAGCCUGAACUCCCUGGUUUCGGAGGCUUUUGUGCAGUUCUUCGUGGAGAUCGUGGGGCAUUACUCUCUGCACAUGAGCGUGACCGAGAGGGGCGAGCGCGUGUUCCAGCGGGAGCCCUUCCGCAAAUCCCACGGCUCCCGCACCGUGCGCCACUUCCUGCACUGCUUCAUGGAAACGCAGAUGUUCGCGGGCUUCAUCCAGGACCGCGAGCUCAGCAAGAACCUGGGCAAAGGCCUUUUUGAGGUCCGUGCCAUGGAGUAUUUGGAGAGAAUUCCAGAGACGGAAAGAACUGGAAUGAACAAAAUCCUUCGCAGUCUUGGUAAAGGAACACCCCUUGGUUUUGUUCAUUGUUAAAUUUUUUUUAAUUAGUUGUAACAAUUGCAUAAUUAUUUUUUUACAAAGGAGGGAAAGGCUUCUUCUUUGCUUUCUGCACCUGUGUUCCCUUGUUUACAUUUACUGCUUCAGGGGACACUGAACACUGUAAGAUUUUCUUCUCUUUUUAAGCUUUUGUAUCUUUAGAUAAAGUUUGUGGGAGUUGCUGCUCUGAGGACCUGCCGAGGGGACAGAACUUGUGUCUGCUGGCAGAGGUGGCCAUGUGUGGCUUUCCACCU